CGGACCAGAUGGUGUCUUCAAAAUGACUCGGACGCUCCUCAUCCGCGCUUACUUCGUUAUGACUUUAAUUCGCUGUAGCAUAAGUGCUGACUCAGAGGAACGUUUGAUGAACUGGCUGCUAGGAACGGAUCGCUACAAUCCACUCAUUCGACCGGCCGUCAACAGGACUGAGAGAGUUACAGUAAAGCUUCAAGUGUCCCUUGCACAACUUAUCAGUGUGAAUGAAAGAGAACAGAUCAUGACCACAAAUGUCUGGCUAACUCAGCACUGGGUUGAUUACAGAUUAUCAUGGGACCCUGCAAAAUAUGAAGGUAUUGACAAGCUGCGUAUUCCCUCCCGACAUGUUUGGCUUCCUGAUAUUGUCCUGUACAACAAUGCCGAUGGAACCUAUGAGGUCACUGUCUUCACUAAUGUCAUUGUCCUUUUCAAUGGUACCAUCAACUGGCUUCCUCCAGCCAUCUAUAAAAGUGCCUGUAAGAUUGAAGUCAAGCAUUUCCCCUUUGACCAGCAGAACUGCACCCUUAAGUUUCGCUCCUGGACCUACGACCACACAGAAAUUGACCUGAUCUUAAAGUCUGAGGCUGCUAGUAUGGAUGACUUUACACCAAGUGGAGAAUGGGACAUCCUGGCAUUACCAGGCAGACGAAAUGUGGACCCUCUGGAUCCUACUUAUGUGGACCUAACAUAUGACUUUAUCAUCAAAAGGAAGCCUCUGUUUUACACCAUAAACCUCAUCAUCCCAUGCGUUCUGAUCACCUCGUUGGCCAUUCUGGUCUUCUAUUUGCCUUCGGACUGUGGGGAGAAGAUGACACUUUGCAUUUCUGUCCUCUUGGCUCUCACUGUGUUCCUUCUUUUAAUCUCAAAGAUUGUUCCUCCUACAUCACUAGAUGUACCACUAAUUGGCAAGUACCUGAUGUUCACCAUGGUGCUAGUGACCUUCUCCAUUAUUACCAGUGUUUGUGUCCUUAAUGUGCAUCAUCGCUCUCCAAGCACCCAUACAAUGCCUGCCUGGGUCAAGCUGAUAUUCCUUGUGAAACUACCUGCUAUGCUCUUCAUGAAACGUCCUCAGCACUUCUCCGCCAGUCAGAAACUUCGGCGGAAGCGUAGUCUAAGGGCCAGGGGAGCUAUUACGGGUUACCCAGUUGCCCCCCAAAAAGGAUUCACCUUUUCUACUUCUGCCCUGCUGUCCUCUGACUCUGCCUUCUCCACUCCAGGACACAAAAAUAUAGCCCCUCCGAUGGGACACAGCUACACCAACAGAAUGGAACCCUUGCGGUCUUCUGAUUACCUUUUCACUGGCUUCAGCUCAACUCAGGACCUCCAGCAGAGAAGCAACUCUGACUGGGCUGCUGAUGUACAGGAGGCAGUGAAUGGAGUACGCUUUGUGGCUGAGCACAUGAUGAGCGACGAUGAUGAUCAAAGUGUAAUCGAGGACUGGAAGUAUGUGGCCAUGGUGGUGGAUCGGAUGUUCCUGUGGAUCUUUGUGAUAGUGUGUGUGGUGGGCACCCUGGGCUUAUUUCUACAGCCUGUCUUCCAGAGUCAGAUCGUUCCCAACCAGCAGCCCAUUAUUUCUACUCCUCGCAUACGAUGAGCAUCAAAAGGCUGAUGUGAAUCCUGGACUUAAUGUAAAGCUCUCAGUCGCUGUAUUACUGAAAAGAACCACUGAUGUAAAUUAUCCUAUUGUAUUUACUACUGAGGGACCCCAAGACCUUUCAUUCAAAUCUUAUCAACAUCAUUUCUGAGUUUGUUCCCUCCUGACCUGUAAAGAAAGACAGAGCACUGAAUCUACCCAUUGUAGAUGAAACAUUACAACCAAAUCCAAUGAAGCCAUGUUUUAAAGAAGAGCAAAGGACGGAAUGAAAAAAACAUGGGUGGUGCACAAAUAUCAUUUAGGUGGUGUUACAGUAUAUUUACAAUAAAUAAAGGUAUGACCGGGUUGAAUAUUCUCUUGAAACACUGAAUCCUGCUGAAGUUUUGCUUAAACAAAUCUUAUAUAAUAUGUUGGUUGUUAGAUGUAACCUAGCCCUAAAUUUGUGUAACUGUCAUCAAAAAAGAAUAAAGCAAGAUCUCUGUCCCUCUUUUAGUCUGAUUAAAUGUCUAGUAAUGUGACAGAAACUAUGGGAGAGAUAGCAAGACCCGGUUGGUUUAAAAUUUUAGAUGAUCUAUAAACACAGGUUACCUAAAUAAAUUUUUUAUUUUAAUUGGUCACUUAUUUAUGUCACUUGUUCAUUAAAUAUUGUCCUAUUUGAAGAAAAAAAGUACCGGAGUACACACAAGUGGAGCCUAAUUACCAAAACCCAUUCACAGAAAGAUUCCAGGUUUACUGCUGGAUAAACAGUGCUGAGUGGGCUCGUUGGGACUCUGCAGGCUCUUAGGGUGAUCUUCCUUUUAAUCAAUCAAUGCUCAUGUUAAUGGACAAAACUGCUGUACUGGCCUUCAGGUUUACAAGUUUCACUGUCAUUUAUUUGUUAUUUGAUUCUUUAAGUGAACAGUUAUUAGCAAAAAGAUCAAGUAGAAUUGUUCGACACGUCUCUCAAAAAACCAAACUUAGAAUAAAUCUAAAUCUAUAAUUCAUUCAUGUUCCUACCAGUUUGUUGAUUUCCAACUUUUAAUUAAAAAAGUCUAGCGAAAUGUUUUUGUUGUCAAACCAUUGCGGCACUUAUUCUUUUAAAGUGCCUUUUAAAAGUUUUCACACCCAUAAAAUUUUUUGAAAGAGUCUAUUUCAUUGGUUUUUAUUAGGAUAAACAAUACAUAGACAUGUAAAAU